AGCAUUUUGAGAUCUGGGUUGGGCUUAAAAUGGGGAGCAAAUGGAGGAAAGCGAAGAUUGCGCUGGGAAUGAACCUCUGUGUUUACUUUCCGGGGACCGAGGACGACAGGGAGGACUCCCUGCCGCCGUCGGAAUGCCUUUCCCGCGCCGCCCUGCUCUCGCCAACGUCGUCUCCACCCACUCCGACGCCGUCGUCCCACAGGUUGAGGCUGUCCAGGAGUAUGGGCAGAUCUUCUAAGAGAAUCGAGGCCAAAGAUGAAUAUAAUUUUGAUGCUUGUUUGUCUGUUUUUGCAAUACGGAGUAUGAAACUGAAGAUAAUGGUUUUACCGGUUACU